CAGUUAAAACCUCUGAGGAUUUAUCCUCUUGUGAUCUGUUGAGACAAUUUAACCUCCUUCUAAUCGUGCCACUAAACAGUGUCUAUGACCCUGACAGAAAUAUGCUGCGCAGGAAAGAAUGGGAAAGGAGAAAUCAGGAGACCCAGCACGAAGAUGGCAUAUUUAAUAACAGCUACUCCCUCUUCAGUGAGCCAUACAAGACUAACAAAGGGGACGAGCUCUCCAGCCGUAUCCAGAAUACCCUGGGCAACUACGAUGAGAUGAAAGAACUGCUGACAGAUCGAUCCAAUCAAAGCCACCUUGUUGGUGUUCCAAAGCCGUGUAUCUCACAAACGUCUGUGACCAAAGCUGAGGAACACUUCAUUGCUGACACAAAGCCCCACACUCACGCUUCUCCAUCUUCCCUACCAGCGGCACUUUCUGGGCAGUUGGGCAAGAACCCUGCAAUGGGUUGGCAGAAGUCUGGGCACACUCUGGAGAACCAGCAAAGGGGAAGCAAACAUAGACAUGGAUUGCCGGAUGCACACAAUAACAACUUUAAAACGGUUAGCCAAAAGAACAGUUUAGAAAAGAUUACACAUUACGCAUCCAAUCCCUCAUCACCAUCUCCGUCGAGUGUUGCCCAAGGUCCUUUAUCGUCUUCACUUGGGGACAACAGCAGAACACAACAGCAGCCGUCAAAGCUGAGUUUUGGUGGAGAAGGUGGAGCUCAGGCUCAGGAGAGGCCAGCUAUGCAUAGCAAUGGACACUGUGUGCAGAACUUUCCUCCUUCACUUGCUUCGAAGCCCAGUAUAGUUCAGCAGAAACCAACAGCAUAUGUAAGGCCAAUGGAUGGUCAAGAUCAGGCUCCUGAGGAGUCUCCAAGAUUGAAGGUGCCAGCUGAAACUAGCUUGCUCUGCACCUCAUAUAGAGGAAUGCCUUCUGCCAAAGCUGACUCAGCUAGGACAAAGUCAAAAUUGACAAAAUUUAAUAUUCCCAAACAAGAAGAG